CUUGUUAUAAAGCAGAAGACUUCGGAUCCAUUUCUUUAUGCACCCUUUCCGAACAUCGUCUGAUUAAGUGGUCAGCUCCCCAACAGGCCUUUAAUGACCGAGCUAGGGCUUCCAAAUCACCAGGUGUAAGUGGGAAACACUGUCCCACAUCUCAUAAUGGCGGGAUUGCGAAACACAAUCAAAGCAAAUCUUGGAUUUCGUGGAACACAGAAUAUUGCUGCUUGGGCUGUGGCUGGAGUCCUUGCAUACUAUCUCUGGGUGAAGCCGGAGAGGGAGGCUGAACAGGAACGCAAAGCAUCUCGAGAGAGGGCGCGGCUAUUUGCAACCGAGAAGGGCUUGACUGAAGUUGACAAGCGACGGCCUGUCGCCGAUCCUCAGGACACAGGGCUUGUGAGAGGAUCGAGGUCAUGAUCCGCAGCAAUGUGGAGGACUGGGACAAGCCGCAAUGUCAGCAGUAGCUGACUCCUGUGGCUGUACAAGAGCACAGUGAAGCAAAUGAACUCAUUGAGCAUGUGUGUACAUUUAGAAGGCAAGGACACUGUCUGCAUUGAUUCUUGAGUGUGGGUGACUCCUGAUCCUUUCACUUGCACACUCCUCAUACUUGCUCGGUGAGGUCUGUGGUCACCAAUCUGCUGCUGCAAUCCCUGGAGCAGCUGAGACAAAAGCUGAUCGCACAGAGUUUGCGUAUCUGCAUCAGGUUGACACUGGAGGAUGCAACAACAAUGGCGCACGUGUGUGAGGUGACUAGGUGCAGGGAGCAAGCAAUAUGUUCCAUUGUACCAUGGAAGUUGAGUUGCCAGCCAGGGUGGUUGUCUCCUGAAGUAAAUCUGCAAAAUUUUAAAUGGUAUUGCAGGGGC